AUGGGGCUGUUAUCUGUUGAGCAGAAAUAUAGCAUCAUCCUGAUGGCCGAGAGGCAUCCAAAAUGGACCCAAGCGGAGCUAGCCCGGUGGGCAUACGAGGCGUACCAAUUAUCGUCGCGUCCUUCGCAAGGUACCAUUUCGCGACUUUUGGCUCGCAAAAGCAUCUUCAUGAAUUCUAAGGAACAUGAAAAGGGAGCCAACCGGUUGCGGACGCCCAACAACCUUUUGGUGCGACGUAUUUUGCAAGAAUGGGUCUCACAAAGCAUAUGGAAUGGUAUCCCUAUCACUCCCCCGAUUGUUCAAGAUACCGCGCAGAGCGUAUGGCACCGCAUUCCAGCUGCGCACCGAGAGGGCAACGGUUCUUUUAGCUACAAAUGGAUCACCUAUUUUUUAUCGAAAAUGGAUCUGAACGUCACAAAUCCAGACGAGGAAUUGCCAAAACCACCCAAAGUUUGGACCUUCGAGGAACGAGACGCUCUAAAAGAUUUGCUGGUCAAAGUUUCGCCAAAAGAUCUGUUCACACUAGACGAAACGUUUUUGGCCUACAACUUGCCCAUGGACAACGCACAGUACGAAACAGGCCAGGUUCAAAGAAAAAUCGAGGUUUUAACAGUAAUGCUUUGUGCCAAUCUAGACGGUUCUGAAAAAAUGAACCCAUUGGUGAUAGGCAGGUACGAGAAUUACCGAAGCUUUCGAAGCCAUUUCGCCAACGAUCCCUCGGACGGCUCCUCUGCCACCUCGGUAGGGGCCAGAAUGGCUCGCAAAUUUUCUCUGACGUACCACAGCAAUCGUAAGUCGUGGCUAACCAGCAAUUUGUUUCACGAUUGGCUAGCUUGGUGGGACAAAAGGCUCGUUGUAGAUAACCGAACAAUCUGCAUAGUUCUGGAUGAUUCGUGCUCUCAUCGCAUAGUCAAUCUGCGGCUUAAAAAUAUCAAGCUGGUUUACACUUCUGCUAACAGUCGCUUUCUACCCUUCAAUUGGGGGGUCUUAGAUGAGUUCAAAACGCAUUACCGCGUACAGCAGUAUGAAGCACUCAUAGACUUACAAGAGAAGAUUCAAAAGAAGUCAGGCGUGAAGAAAAUACUGACGUAUGACCAAAGUACAUUGAACAUGUCCAAUGCAUUCAAGCUAAUUAAGAAUUCAUGGGAUGCAAUACCGGUGGAUACGAUUAAAGCCAACUGGAAAAGUUCAGGUAUUUUACCGCAGCAUAUGAUUCAACUCAAUGAAAAUGUUAGCAUGGCUUUCAAGAAGAAUGAAGCGUUAGAGAGAAAACUAUAUGAGGUGAGUGAGAAGUUUCAUUGCGUUAAACAGUGGGAUUACGAUAUUUUGCUGGAUCUCAACAUCGAGAAUAAGAACACCAACUUUUUGAGUUCAGAGGAGCUAGUAGAGAGCGCAAUUGUAGAUGAAUGGGAGCCAGAGCCCAAAGCAGGCUCUUAUGAGGAGGACUAUUCUGCUGCUGCGUUCAACCUGGAAACGUUCGCUCCUGUUGAUGCUAGCUCGACGCAUGAUGCAUUUGGCCAUGUAACAAAUAUGGGGCCGAAUACAAAUCCAGAAAGCGACUUUUUCGUGAGCAGGGUGAUCGACAAAACGGGUGAUAUAUUCUCCAGUAGUGUGCUUCCGCCGGUCGAUGGGCAUGAUCAUAUGGGACACGUUUCUGUUGUGCCCCCGCCUGCACCGGAUAGUCAUCUUUACUCCGCUCCACCCCCAGCACCAACUGCAAAUGCUUAUUUGGACGAAGUGUUUAGUGCCUUACCGGGAGAAGCACCAUCAGCGACGACAGAGGCUACGCUGGCUAAUCACGCCACUAAUUCAAUACCUGAUAGCACCUCGCCAGCUUCUAAUAGCUUGCCACCAAAUGAGAUAAUGGCCAUGAAUGACCCAGAUCUGAACUUGGGUGACGAAUUCGAUUUGACAAGGCACACAGGGGAUUUUUCGAAUCCCCAGGCUGCUGGCGAUACCGAAGCUGCUUUCGGAUCUCAACGUCUACUCAUUAUGACUACCCUACAGACUAAUAUUGAUAUUGCGAGAUCAAUGAGCAACAUUUUGAAGCAUGCCGAGUUUAGGGAGGUGGGACUAUCGGAAACGGCUCUUAACGAGCUCAAAUUUAGUUACAGAAACUGCCUGAAAAAGAUUCAUAAGGCAAAACUAGCCUUGAGUUCUCCCGACAAAAGACAGAGGGAGACCUUACUAGAGCGUCAACUGAUGCAACAAGAGCAUGCGCUUAUGCGCCCAGGCACAAACCCCGCGACAAAACAUGCUCCUCCGCCUAACGUCGAUCCAACGCUCGGGGUAGGAGACAACAGUUUUUUCGGAGGGUUUCACUCUCCUGGAUAA